CAUAUAAACGGUCUCCCAGUCCCAGAACCUUUGAUAAUUUUUGCUAUGGCGGCUCUGGCAGUCCAUAUGCAUCCCUUCAUAAACAUGGGUGCAGUUCAGCGCAGCGAAUCUUUGCGCUUCAUUAAACGGAGUUCAUACAUGCCAUAAUUUUUCAGAUCCAAAUCGGGACUUUCCUUAAAAAUUGUCGGGACAUUUGAACAAAAAGCGGAACACCUAAAACGAUCAAUCAUUUCACCUUUUCUUUAGUCAGUAGUCAGUAUAUUACUUACAAAAACUCUUAAUUUCUGCCCAAUAUUGAUGAUAAAUGUGUGUUCAGAAUUUCGUGAACGCAUACGUUCUCCAUUUUCCAGAAGUAAACACACUCCAUGAACUGAAAUGUGGGGUGUCCCCGUUUGCCUCGAUUUGACAUCCAAUUGGUGCAGGGAUAUCCCCUUGAACCUAUGUAAAGCGUGUGACACAAUGUGAGCGCAUCGAGCACUAUUUUAUUCAACCAAUCGUCAAUUAACUCUAAAUUUAGAUUGAUGCAAUAUGUACAAACUACUUUCUGAAAAUCCGUCGAAAACAAAAGAAUUAAUUAAUUUCAAAAAGCAGAAUGUUAACAACAAGAACCAGGGUGAAAGUUCUGUCUGAAAUAGAAGGAACCAGUGCGGCUGGUUCCCCACUGAAGAGUGGGGAGGACUCGGUGUUGGUACCUUUAACAGAGGAUGCACAGGCCGCAGAACGGAGGGAGAAACGGAGGACCAAGAUAAAAAAGGAGCUGUUUGACACCGAGAAAACAUACCUCAACCAUCUGAAUAUUGCUCAUAAGUUAUUUGAAUUUCCUCUGCGGUUCAACUGUCUGGUUUCGGAGCGGGAUCAUGCACAGCUCUUCAGUAACCUAGAGCAGAUCCUGGAGGUGAACACCAAGCUUAUGGAGUACAUGGAGCAGACAACAGUUGGCACUGCGUUCAAAUUCCUUGGUCCGUUCUUGAAGCUGUACUCCAUGUAUGCUAAUAAUCACCAGCAGGCAUCUAGCACUCUUCAGGAAAACAUGAAGAAUGAUAAGUUUGCAGUGUUUGUUGCCAAGCAAGAAGGGCGGAUGGAGGUGAAAGGGUUGAAACUUGGGGCAUUAUUGAUAACGCCUGUACAGCGUAUACCCAGAUAUAAAUUAUUGCUUGAAGAUCUUUUAGAAAAUACAUCUCCAGAACAUCAUGACUAUUUGUAUUUGAAAGAGGCUGCCAAGCAGAUUGGUGAUAUUGCAAUGCACAUCAAUGAGCAUGUCCGUCAACACGAGAACUUCCAGAAGGUUCUUUCAAUUCAGAAUAGCUUUGAUAACUCUGCCCCAAAGUUGCUUGCCCCUGGGCGUGAGUUCAUUAAGGAAGGAAAAAUGAACAAGAUAUCCAGACGCGCAGGAAAGUCCCAGGAGCGCAUGUUUUUCCUGUUCUCUGACAUGCUUCUGUAUGGCAAGCCACGACUUCUAGACAGCUGUAACAACUCGUACUCGUGCUGCUGUGUACUGCCCCUACGACACUGCUCUGUUGAGCGGGUGCUGGGCAGUCUGCAGAGGUCUGAUGGCGGCGGAAUGUUCAGGGUGAACUGCAAGGAUGAGAGUCUGCUGUUGUACUGCACAGACCCCGAGGAGGCAAGAUGCUGGGUGGAGGCAUUGGAGGCUGCCAUCAGGAAAAUCACAGUGAACCGUCAGACAUUACGGAAGCCCAGCAGCAACAAGGUGCCUGUCAGAGGCAGAUCACUCAUGAAAAUGAGGCUGCGUGAGAGAAAACAAGAUAUCAAGAAAAAGAUUCAAGGCAGCCAGAAAUGCAGCAUAUCUGCCAAGAAGUGGCAGGCGCCUCCCUUGCCCGGUUCUCUCCAAGACAUCAGCCAGUGCCUAACCCCACCAAAGAGACCCAGAACAGUGUCUGUCUUGUCUGUCUCGUCAGCAGGCACAUCUGCAGACUCAUAUAGCUUUGACCAGCAGCAAAAUGAGAUCAACCUCGAUAACUGGAGCCCAAGUAAAAUGCACAACGAUGAUGAUGAUGAGGAGGAGAGUCUUAUUGAAGAAGGGGAGAGCAAAACCCACUCAACAAUAGAUGAAGACCAAGAAAAUGUCCCCUCAUUUGUUAUAGAGAAUCCACCCAUACCUGAUUCAUUUGACAUCGACUCUAAUAGCCUUGACACCCAUGACUGUAAAGAUCAUGGGAGCAAAGGUCAUUUCUCUGAUGCUGAUUACAGCUCACAGCCGUGGAUAAACCCAAAGUUUCAGAGGAACAAUGAUACAAAAGGUCAUUGCUCCACUUGGCCUAUUAGGAGGGUUAUUCAGAGUGGAUCCCGUGUUACCUCAGGCAUUGGCAAUGUGAUGGACAGUGUGCGAAGCUCUAAGAGAUGUUCUGUCAUGUGAUUGAAGUGUUGUGAUGGACAUAUAAGUGUAAUGGUUUGAACACUAAUAUAUUAUCUGUGAAAUUUUAAACAAGUUGAUUCUGUAGUUUUUAGCUCGACUAUUAUAUAUGAAAUAUAUAAAGUGGAGCUAUCCUACUCACCCAGGCGUUAGCGUUAGUGUGCAAAUGUUAAAGUUUUCGUACCACUCCAAAUAUUUCCUCGACUAUUAUAUAUGAAAUAUAUAUAGUGGAGCUAUCCUACUCACGCCGGCGUUAGCGUUAAAUGUUUAAGUUUGCGUACCACCCCAAAUAUUUCCUAUGUCCCUUGACAUAUUGCUUUAAUAUUUUGCAUACUUCUUUACCAACAUAACCCCAACCUAUAAACAAGAGCAGACAACUGUAUCAAGCAUUUUGUAAGAAUUAUGGCAUUUUUUUCACUUAGAAUAUGCAUAUUAUUAAUAAAUCUAUGUUAAAGUUUGCGUACCACCUCAAAUAUUGUCAAUGUCCCUUGACAUAUUGCUUUCAUAUUUUGCAAACUUCUUAACCAACAUGACCCCAAUCUAUAAACAAAAGCAGACAACUGUAUUAAGCAUUUUGUAAGAAUUAUGGCCCUUUUUUGUCUAAGUAACUGAAUAUUUUUUUAAAUUUUGUGUUUAGAUCCACUUGACUUCUAAAGUGUCAAUGCUAUUGCUUUCAAACUUCAAAUAUUUUCUUACUAUCAUGAGGGUACUGUAGCUGGCAAGUCCAAUUUGACCUUGACCUUUGAAUGACUUUGACUCUCAAGGUCAAAAGAAUAAAUUUGAGUUAAAUUGCCAUAACUUCUUUAUUUAUGAUCAGAUUUUAUUAAUACUUUGACAAAACAAUACUUACCUGAAUACCACAAUGUAUUCCACCCAAACAAUACCCCACACCCCAACCCACAAUUCCUGCCCCCCUCCCCCCCAAAUUUUUAUUUUUUUAUAUUUCAA